GGUCACAAACUUGUCGGAGGUGGUGGAUCCAGCCGGCCGGUAUGGGGAGGUACGGCCGCCACUCGGGGCCGCGGCGGUCGCUGCUGCCGCCGCCGCCGCUGCUGUUGCUGCUGCCGUCGCUGCUGCUCCUGGCGCCCGACGCUGGCGCGGCCCAGCUCUCGGUGCUCUACUCGGCCUCCGACCCGUUGACGCUGCUGCAGGCGGACACGGUUCGCGGCACCGUGUUGGACUCCAGCGGCGCCUGGGCGGUGGAGUUCUUCGCUUCCUGGUGCGGCCACUGCAUCGCCUUCGCCCCGAUGUGGAAGGCUCUAGCCGAGGACGUCAAGGGCUGGAGGCCAGUACUGAACCUUGCUGUUCUAGACUGUGCUGAGGAGGUCAACAAUGCUGUCUGCAGAGACUUCAACAUCCGUGGCUUCCCGACUGUGAGGUUCUUUAAGGCCUUUUCCAAGAGUGGCUCAGGAGCAGUGUUGCCAGUGGCUGGUGCUACCGUGCAGAUCCUACGGGAGAGACUCAUUGAUGCCUUGGAGUCCCACAGCGACACAUGGCCCCAGGACUGUCCACCACUGGAGCCUGCCAAGCUGGAGGAGAUCAUUGGAUUCUUUCCAAGGAGUAACGAAGAGUACCUCGCUCUGAUCUUUGAAAAGGAAGGCUCCUACCUGGGUAGAGAGGUAAUUCUGGACCUGUCUCAGUAUCAUGGCCUGGCUGUGCGCAGGGUCUUGGACACAGAGGACUACGUAGUGGCCAAGUUUGGUGUCUCUGACUUCCCAUCGUGCUACCUGAUGUCUCGGAAUGGCUCUGUCGCUCGAGUCCCUGUGCUGGUAGAAUCCAGGUCUUUCUAUACCUCCUAUCUGCAGAGGCUCGCUGGGAUCACCAGGGAGGCGUCCCCCACCACAGCUCAGCCAGCCGUUACAGACAACGUAGCGCCCACAGUGUGGAAAUUGGCAGAUCGCUCCAAGAUCUACAUGAUGGACCUGGAGUCUGCACUACACUAUAUCCUGCGAGUAGAAGUGGGCAAGUUCUCCAUCCUGGAAGGGCAGCGCCUGAUAGCCCUGAAAAAUUUUGUGGCAGUUUUGGCCAAGUACUUUCCUGGCCAGCCUCUGGUCCAGAACUUUCUGCACUCUGUAAGUGAUUGGUUUAUGAAGCAGCAGAGAAGGAAAAUUCCCUACAAUUUCUUUAAAAUUGCUCUGGACAGCAGGAGAGAGGACUCCGUUCUUCCUGAGAAGGUGCACUGGGUUGGCUGCCAGGGCAGCCAACCACAUCUCCGAGGCUUUCCUUGCUCGCUGUGGGUCCUCUUCCACACCCUCACUGUGCAGGCAAGUCAGCAGAGUGCAGACCACUCACGUGAGCCAGCCAAUGGCCAGGAGGUCCUCCAAGCCAUCCGGAACUACGUGCGCUACUUCUUCGGCUGCCGAGAGUGCGCGGGCCACUUUGAGCAAAUGGCUGCCGCCUCUAUGCACAAGGUGGGAAGUCCGAAUGAUGCGGUUCUCUGGCUCUGGACGAGCCACAACAAGGUCAAUGCUCGCCUCGCAGGUGCCCCCAGUGAAGACCCCCAGUUUCCCAAGAUACAGUGGCCACCGCGUGAACUCUGCUCUACCUGCCACAAUGAGCUCAAUGGGGCGCCGGUGUGGGACGUGGACGCCACCCUCGGCUUCCUCAAGGACCACUUCUCCUCGAGAAACAUCGUCCUGGACUCCCCUACAGCUGGGCUGGCCCACCAGAGGGGUGUGCAGAGCUUUACCAAUACCCCGAAGCUGGUGAUGGGCGCGUGGAAACUGCCGACCAGAAUUUCAGCUCUGGGCCUUCAGCAGGCUGGUACCGCAGGGUCCCCCAGACCUGAGGCAAGUGGCCCCCAGGAUCUGUACCCAAGCCUCGGAAUGACUAGACCUGUGCCAGGGCAGGGGAAGGCUGAGCAUGUGAGAGAGCUUCAGAGGGACGUAGCCGAGCAGCUCCAGGGCCAGCGACACUUGAGCAAGCGAGACACAGGGGCCCUAUUGCUUGCUGAGUCCUGGGCUGAGGUGAGCCACCUCCAAGGCCCGCUAGGGGGCCAUGGCUCCAAGCAGCUGGCUAGCAGACCUGGGGGGGAGCCAGCGGUGCGGGGCCAAGGCCAUUGGCUACGAGUGCUGGGAGGGGGCUUCUCCCACCUGGAUGUCAGCCUUUGUGUGGGGCUCUAUUCCCUGUCCUUCAUGGGCCUGUUGGCUGUGUACACCUAUUUCCGGGCCAGGAUGAGGGCCCUAAAAGGCCAUGCUGGUCACCCUGUGGCUUGAACUGUCCAACUUGGAAGAGGGUGGGGAAGGGAGCUGCUGUCCGUGGGGCUCUUCCAGCCCCUUGCCUCGCCUCCACCCUUUCCCCCUUAUCCAGCCUAGCAGAGUGAGAAGACCAGGAAAGCCAGUUGCUCUAGUGAACCCUUGAUUGUGCCAGGAAGGAGAGUCCCAUAGACAAAAGACCAGUAUUUGGACCAGCAGUUGAGGGGAACAGGGGAGAAUUGGGCCCUGGUCUCUCAGCACCAAAUUCCUGUUUUUCAGCUUAUCUGAAGUCCUGCCCCAUUCUUGCCGAAGCCUCCGUCUGGCCUGAUUAGUCUUGGCUCUAAAUUGGAGCACGCAAGCUCAGAAUUCCCAAGGCUUCUUACCCAGAGAAGGAUCCCAGGCUGGGUGGGCUUCAGUGACCCUCCUCUCUACAUCCCAGGGCUCCGCCUGUCCCUGGCUCCUUUUGGUCAUGAGGUGGUCUUUGAAGAGGAAGAGUCACUUCUGGCCUGCCUAACCUCCCUCUCAGACCUGUGUGGGGUUUGGCUUUAGGGAGAAGGGGGGUUCUGGAAUCUUCUGGAAAUCAUUUUCAUCUCCUGGAUGAGGUUAAGGUGAAAGUUUCUGCUGCACUAGUGUCUUGGGUGGGUGUGGACUUGCCCGGAUGGCAGUCGCCGGGCUGUGGGUUUGGCUUGCUUGGCGGGUGAAGGGGCGGAGUGUGGGAAGCAUGCUGGGCUGGGCCGUGCCAUGGCUGUGGGCUCAACCGGAAGGGGUACAGUGAGAAGGAUGUGCUUUGCCUUCUCCCCACGGGGCUCCUUCCUCUGAGCUGGGUCUUCUGGCUUUUGUUUUGCUCUCCUAAAUCAGUGCUAGGACGUGGAGGGUGCGGGUGGAUGGCAGUCAGGAGUGUCCUCUCGCUCGAGAUUCCAUUUCCGGGAGAGGCCCUGGGUCUAAGGGGCAGACAACGCUGUAUAUGUGCUUGGUUCCACCCUGUCCCCACUAGGGAGGGACGUGGAAUAAAUUAUUUUUGUUAAGGCAA